AUGUCCACUCGACCUGGUUUGAGCAAGCGACCGAGCUCUAACGGAAAAGACGUGUCGCCACCUCCAUCGAAGCGGCGGCAACAGUCGACUACAACAAGCAAGGCAGUCGCCAAUUUCUUCGCACCUGCCUCGAAGAAAGAGCCAGAGAAGAUGACCUGGCGGAUAGUCAAAGACAGCUUGCUAGUCGGACGUUUUGGCGCGGCAGCGCAGUCGGCAACGAAGGGCAGGCGCAGAAUAGCAGCCUUUGACUUUGACUCCACACUUGUCACAUCUGCAUCGGGGAAAACAUUUGCUCGUGAUGCAAAUGACUGGAAGUGGUGGGAUAGUAGCGUUCCAGGACGGCUGAAAGAGCUGCAUGCAGAAGGCUUCCUCGUCGCCAUCAUCAGCAAUCAAGGUGGAAUCAGUCUAAAGCCGGAUCCCAAGACCGUGAAGUCAGAUCAGAAGCGACUAGCGGACUUCAAGACCAAGGUGACAGCAGUCUUCAACCAUCUCGACUUUCCGAUAUCGAUAUACGCUGCGACGAGUCGUGACCGGUACAGGAAGCCCAGGACCGGGAUGUGGGACGAGCUACUGGAGGACUAUGAUCUUGAGAAUGCAGAAUCAAUCGAUCUAGAGAACUCUGUAUUCGUUGGGGAUGCUGGUGGUCGCGAGGCGGUGGCUGGCGGUGUAAAGGACCACUCGUGUGUCGACAGAGACUUUGCUGCUAAUGUCGGUAUACCAUUUUAUACGCCUGAAGAGUACUUCCGCCAUGAAGAUCCCCGACCAUUCAUCAGGGCUUUUGACCCGACCGCUUACACGGGAGUGCGUGCUGAAGGCUCAACACCUGCACCAAACGCCUUUGCACAAACGGAAAGCCCCGAGAUCGUCAUGUUCUGCGGCAGUCCGGGCUCAGGUAAAUCAUCGUUCUAUUGGAAACAUCUGCAGCCACUCGGAUACGGGCGUGUGAAUCAAGACAUCCUGAAGACUCGCGAGAAGUGUGUAAAGGCUGCUACUGCACUCAUCGAAGAAGGCACGAGCGCGGUUAUCGACAAUACCAAUGCCGAUCCAGAAACACGCGCUGUGUGGGUUAUGUUGGCGCAGAAGCUGAAAGUUCCCAUCCGCUGCGUACUUUUUACUGCGACACCGAAGCUGUGCGAGCACAACGAUACGUUCCGCGCAUUGAACCUUGGUCCAGAAACGAACCGCGAAUCUCGUACUAUCCUGCCGCACGUUGCGUUCAGUGGCUUCGCUUCCAGAUACCGUGAGCCUAAGCUUUCGGAAGGUUUCAAAGACAUAAUCAAGAAUGAUUUCGAGUUUGAAGGCUCCGAGGAGCAGAAACUACUAUGGAGCAGAUACUGGAUCUGA